AUGGCUUUUUACGGUGGAAUUAUAUCUUAUGAUGUGCAUACGUAUUGGAACAAUAACAAUGAAGAAGAACGCCAAUUUGCAUUUGAGCUAAGAGAAAAGAUUCUUAAAGAAUUUGCGUCGGAAAUUGAGGCGGGCGACAUUCGAGUGCAUAAGUUUUGGGAUAAACCAAUUGGUCCUCAUCCAAUUAAUAUGUUUGAAAUUGACUUCAAAAGUCCUGAAAUAUUCGCAAAAGUGGUACCUUUCUAUCAGUUGAACCACGGGCCAUUGUCAGUUUUAAUUCACCCAAGAUCUGGUCAAGGUAGUUUGAUCGACCAUACAAAGUAUGCCUUGUGGUUGGGACAUAAGGUUCGGUUAGAUACUUCUCGAUUAGAAUAA